GAUAGGGGCUCUGGAGCCGGGCCGGGGCCGGGGCGGGAGCCGCGGGACGAGCGCCUGAGGUGCUGUGGAGACGCCAUGGAGCUGUGCAGCAAGAAGAAGCUUCACGCCCUGUCCCUGGCUGAGAAGAUCCAGGUGCUGGAACUCCUGGAUGAGUCCAAGAUGUCCCAGUCGGAGGUGGCCCGGCGCUUCCAGGUCUCCCAGCCCCAGAUCUCCCGCAUCUGCAAGAAUAAGGAGAAGCUGCUGGCGGACUGGUGUAGUGGCACGGCCAACCGGUUGCGCAAGCGCAAGCGGGAGUCCAAGUACAGCGGGAUCGAUGAGGCCCUGCUCUGCUGGUACCACAUUGCCCAGGCCAAGGCCUGGGACGUGACGGGGCCCAUGCUGCUCCACAAAGCCAAGGAGCUGGCCGACAUCAUGGGCCAGGACUUUGUGCCCAGCAUUGGCUGGCUGGUCCGCUGGAAACGCCGAAACAACGUGGGCUUCGGGGCCCGCCACGUAGUGGCGCCUCCGUUCACCCCUGAGCUGCCUCCCCCAGCUCCCACGCCCCAGGCCCAGCUGCCUCUUUCUCUUAAAGAUUUCUCCCCAGAGGACAUUUUUGGGUGUGCUGAAGUGCCCUUGCUAUAUCGGGCAGUGCCCGGCAGAGUGGGUGUGUGUGAUCGGGUACAGGUGCUGCUGUGUGCCAACAGCAGGGGCACAGAGAAACGGCGGGUGUUGGUCAGUGGGCUCCAGGCUGCCCCAAGAUGCUUCUUUGGGGUCAGCAGUGAGGCCCUGCCCGCCUCCUACCACCCUGACCUGGCCAUCCCCUGGUCAGAAUGGUUGGCACAGUUUGAUCGGGACAUGGGGCGGCAGGGCCGACAGGUAGCCUUGCUGCUGGCUGCCCGAGUGAUGGAGGAGUUGGCAGGCCUGCCCGGGCUCGGCCAUGUGAAGCUCUUGCCUCUGUCCGCUGCUAGCACCACGCCUUCCCUGCCCAGCUCCGUGGUCCAGGCCUUUAAGGCCCAUUACCGGCGCCGUCUGUUAGGCAAGCUGGCUGCCGUCCAGAGCGAGAGGGCUGGCACAUCGCUAGCUGAGGCCGGGGCAGGCAUCACAGUGCUGGAUGCUCUACACAUGGCAGCAGCGGCCUGGGCCAAGGUGCCUCUCCAGCUCAUCGUGAGCAGCUUUGUUCAGGAAGGGCUGGCUCCAGGCAAAACCGCCCUGGCCCCGCACAAAGCCUCGGAGAUGCCACCCGUCCCCGGUGGGCUGAGCCUCGAAGAGUUUUCCCGUUUUGUGGACCUGGAGGAUGAGGAGCCUGUGUCUGGAGUGUGCAAAGAGGAGGUGGGCACCGAAGACCAGGCGGGGGGCGGAGAGGACGGCUUGGAGCCCCUGCCCACCAAAGCCGACGCCCUCCGGGCUCUGGGCACGUUGAGGAGGUGGAUUGAGUGCAAGGGCACCGGCCCCGAGCUGUUUGCAAAUUUCUACGCCUGUGAGGAGGAGGUGGAGCGACUCUGCUGCCUGUGAAGGGCCCUUCCAGCCGGAGCCCCUCCUCUCCUGUUUCCCAUGGAAACGCCCUCUCAGAAGGCAGAUUGGGGGCUGGUCUCUUUCCCGUGGAAAUGGAGCUUUUGUGAAAGGCGUUGAAGGGAGACAAGUUGGGAGACUAAGUCUAAGCUCUGAGCGAAAAGUUCUCCAAGCCCUGAGAAGAGGGUCUAAAGGUGGGCUGUCAGGGAGUGAAGCUAGGCUGCAUGGUUUCUGAACCUCUGUGGAGUCAGGGACUUGGGAAGGUGGCAUUCGGGCUUUACCGACAGGCCGAUCCCUUGAAUUCUGUGUUAAAAACAGUUCUGCUUCUGGAAAUAAAGUUUUUA